AUGACAUCAUCUCCCCGCGCCACACAAAGCGCGCAGGCAGAGGUGGCGUGCACGUUGAUGUUUUUAUGAAUUAGCUUAGCUAGCUGCAAGACGGAUCAUCAUUAUCAUCAUCGUCCGGAUAGCUUGACUCAAAUCAAAAAUGUCUGUCACCGAGAUGUUCAAUUAUAUCCAGGGCUUUCUGAGCGCCGACCAGGACGUCAGAGAGGAUAUCCGUAAGGUGGUCCAGACACUGGAGCAGACUGCCAGAGAAAUACUAACCGUACUCCAAAGUGUCCACCAACCAUCUGGAUUCAAAGAAAUUCCCAGUAAAUGUGCAAAGGCACGGGAGUUGUUCUGCACAGUCAGGACACAAAUUUGCAACCUCAAAACAAAAUUUCCUGCGGAGCAGUAUUACAGGUUCCAUGAACACUGGCGGUUUGUGCUGCAGCGCCUGGUUUUUUUAGCAGCCUUUGUUGUCUACCUGGAGAAUGAAACUCUUGUGAUUCGGGAGGAAGUGGCCAAGAUACUCGGCAUUGAGGUGGUGCGAGAGAAAGGCUUUCACCUGGAUGUAGAGGACUACCUGGCAGGUGUGCUGAUCAUGGCCAGUGAACUGUCGCGGUUGGCGGUAAACAGCGUCACAGCAGGAGACUACACCCGGCCGCUCCGCAUCUCCAACUUCAUCAACGAGCUGGACUCUGGCUUCCGCCUGCUCAACCUGAAGAAUGACCCGCUGCGGAAGCGUUACGACGGCCUCAAGUACGACGUGAAGAAGAUCGAGGAGGUGGUUUACGACCUCUCCAUCCGCGGGCUGGCCAAGGAGGGCGAGACUGUCGGGGACAAGUAGAGCGCGGAGGCUGCUGCGCCUUACCCCGUCUGGAAGGCAAGACCCAGGGAUCUACCUGAGGCUCCAGCAGCUGAGGACAGCGUGUGCAAGUGUGCGCGCGGGUAUGAGUGUGUGUUUGUGCGAAUGCAUGCAUGAGAGGUGCUUUAGAUGGAUGGCAGCGUGCCAGAAGGGGGGGGACAGAGACGUUGGCAGAGUUUGACACCCUCGUUCAAAACCGAAGGUUCAGUUUGUGGAAAUCUGUGUUCUCGGCUUCAUCUUAUUCAUCAUUAUUGUUUCACUGAGUCGGUUUUGCAACUGUUCCGUCUAAUUUGCAACAGUCAACAUGUUGUUAUUAUAAAAUUACAUUAUAUUGAUGUUUAAUUGGAGAAGUUGGGCGGAGAUCGCUCAGAGUGGAGUGUUCCAGCCGCACACAGCUUCUGUUUUUUCUGGCUGUUUGUGUGUAUUUGCAAAAAAAAAAGUGAAAUGUGUUCACCAGAUACACCUGGUUGUAUUUCUUAAGACUCAACGUGUUAUUGCACCCAAACAGAUCCAGGAGCCUCAUUUAUAAAGGAAAUGGUUGACGCAAAAUGAUUGAACAACCAAAUACAUUUUACAGCAUUCUUACCAGAUGAGAGAAGAAAAGCCUCUGUUUGGAUUUUGAUCAUUAUCCCCUAACCUGCAUAUACCUAGUUUUUAUUUUUUAUAAAUGAGGCUUCAGGAGCGGUAGAGCCAAAGAAAUGGAAAAAAAAAUGCACUUCACGUGGUAUAAAGCUACUCUACAAUUCCUUUUUUUCAUGUAAUUUUUUUUCAACAGCAAGGAAACCUUGCAGAGCAGUGCCAAUGAAUACAGUAUGUCUGGGACAUUUUAAUGUUUGUCGGGUGAUUAAGCUUUCUCUGGAAAUCCAUGAGCGUACACGAAAUAGUCAGAAUAUCAUGUUCUGCAUGUGAUAUGUUUUCCUUUUUUUCUACUUACAAACACGUCUUGACGGUUUCUUUCUAUUGUUGGCAUCCAUGCUUCUUUUUUGCUUCUAGGCUGUAGUGGAGCUGGGUUGUAUGUUCUAGAAAAAAACAAACACGUUCACUCUUUCCAUCCUGUGCUUUUUGUUUGCUGGAGUGAUAAGUGCAUUUCACUUGUACCGUAUGUAUUCCUGUCUUUGAAUCAGUUGUCUUUAAAGAUGCUUAAAAUUACUGUAAAUAUAUUUCUACACUC